UGCAAAUCUUCUCCCUAACGAUAAGAUAGCAGAUAGUAAAACAAUUGUGAAUUUGUGAUCACAUCUUGAUUUCCAAUCAAUUCAAUGGAAAAUCCUCACAUAGCAAUAGUUCCCAGUCCUGGAUUCACCCACCUUGUCCCAAUCCUUGAAUUCUCGAAGCGCUUUGUUAAUCUCCACCCUGACUUUCAUGUCACAUGCAUCAUUCCCUCAGUUGGGUCAAUCCCCACUUCAUCAAAAUCUUACCUUCAAACCCUUCCAUCAACCAUACACCCCAUUUUUCUUCCGUCGGUCAACCUUGAACAUGUGCCAGAUGCUACUAUCCUUGCAGUCCAAAUUGAACUCUCAGUGACUCACUCCCUACCUUACAUAAAAGAAGAAUUAAAGUCCUUGUGUUCAAGAACUCGUGUUGUAGCCUUGGUUGUGGACAUUUUUGCACUUCAAGCAUUGGAUUCUGCUAGGGAACUCAACCUCUUAUCGUACGUAUACCUCCCACAAUCUGCUAUGCUACUUUCUACAUAUUUCUAUUCUUCAAAGCUAGAUGAGAUACUUUCUUCUGAGUCUAGAGACCCACAAACACUUAUAAAGAUUCCUGGUUGUGUACCACUUCAUAGCAGAGAUCUCCCUCUCCCAUUUCAAUUUCGAUCCAACAUAGGUUACAAGCAAUUUCUUGAACGAGCUAAACGAUUACAUCUUCCUGAUGGUAUCUUUGUGAAUAGCUUCCUUGAAUUGGAAUCAGAGACAUUCGGAGCUGUGGAAGAACAGAUCAGAGGGAAGCCCAUGGUUUAUCCUGUUGGGCCCAUUAUUCAGAGCGGGUCAAUUGGUCAGGAAGAUGGCUCAGAGUGUUUAACAUGGUUGGAUAAUCAAGAACCCAAAUAUGUUCUGUAUGUGUCAUUUGGAAGUGGUGGCACACUUUCUCAAGACCAACUCAAUGAAUUAGCCUUUGGUUUGGAACUUAGUGGACAAAAAUUUCUGUGGGUUAUUAGAGUCCCAAGCGGUGUAGCCAGUGCUUGUUAUCUUGCUGCUAGAACUGAGGACCCUUUACAAUUCUUACCACAAGGUUUCUUGGAGAGAACUAAGAAGCAAGGAUUGGUUGUUCCUUCUUGGGCACCCCAGAUUCAAAUACUUGGUCACAGUUCAACUGGUGGGUUCUUAUCUCACUGUGGUUGGAACUCAGUCCUUGAAAGUGUUAUGCAGGGUGUGCCAAUAAUCCCAUGGCCACUCUUUGCUGAACAGAGUCUGAAUGCAGCGUUGCUAACUGAUGGUCUAAAAGUGGCACUUAGGCCAAAGGUUAACGACAAUGGAUUGACUAAGAGAGAAGAAAUUGCUAAGGUAAUAAGAUGCUUGAUGAAAGGUGAAGAAGGUAUAGAAAUUCGCCAAAGAAUGGAACAGUUGAAGAUUGCAGCUGCUAAUGCGAUAAAAGAAGAUGGAUCUUCCACAAAAACUCUCUCGGAGGUGGCUAUGAAUUUGAGAGCCAUUUAGCAUAACAAGAAGUCAUAAACAUAUUUUCAAUUUCUGAGAUUCUGUUUCUGUUUCCUCCACUAAAUUUCCUUAAUCACGUUCCUGCUACUAUGAUCCCUUCUAUAUAUUAUUAGUUACUUCCCUUGAGUAAAUGUCCAACAAUCUUGAAGAGGUUCUGGUUCUGAUGUAUUUGUUUCUUCUGUUCUGUUAUAUUUUCAAGUGUAGUCUACAAACGAUUGCGAGGAUGCAAGGCUACCCAGGUCAGGGUAUAUAUCAUUAAGUGAAAACUUAAAGCGUUUCUUG